CUGCAGGAGCCCGAGUGGACGUGUCCUCCGGCGGCCUCGGGUCGCCGGCGCCCCCUCCCCGCUGCGGCAGCCUAGCAGCUGUCAGCAGUGGUCGCCGCAGCCGCCGCGAGGCCAGAGCAGAGCCGGAAGCCGAGGGAGGGGACCCCGCGAGAGGACAGCGCGCCGGCCAUCGCCGCCCGGGUGCUGAGGGUCGGUGCCAGAGAAUCAUGCCAGCGAGCCCCGGGCCCCUCCUGACCUCCUGGGAGGCGUCAGCACUCCAGAGCUCCAAGGUCACCCUGCCACACUUCAGAGGCCUGCCCGCCCCACCCCAGAGCCCUUUGUGCAGGGCCGCCUCCCCCCAGCCAGACCUGCUGUAGCCCCAGAGGACGGCCACCGCCAGGAGCCUCUCCUAGGACUCAGACUUUUCCAGAAAAGGAAGUUGUCAACCCCUGUGACCAGAAGACCUCUUUGGACUGUGACCUUUUGACAUCCCCUCAUGGUAGAAGAAGAAAGUUCAUCUUGACCAAGCCAGACACCCAUCAGCCCACUGUGGGGAUGACCAGCCCUGGCUGGACACACUGCUUUCCCCUCAGAGCCUAAACCACUCUUGAAACUGUUCAUGGACCACAGACCUUCGUGGGUCUGAGAGCCGUGAAGGGCUCCUCUUCGCUCCGCCCGCAUCCUUGGCACACAGACGGUGACCAGGAGUUGGCCCGGGGCUCCCCUCCUCUGCCGCCCGCACGGCCCGCCUUCGGCCCGAGCCUCGGCCCUCGUGCCCACAGCUUCCGGAACGUGGCGCUUCUAAUCGUGGGCGUCCCGGGGUCUUCCUGAGCUGACCCGGAUCCCCCGUCUCUGCAGGAUUUCAUCGAACGAUUACCGCGGCCGCGGCCACACUGCGAGCGCAAGCCCUGUGCUGACCAUACCUUUCCCAAAGAACCGAAGUCGGCUUCCCAGCAGAGGACGCUCUCGGCGCACAUCCCAGCGACACCCCAACUUCUUGUCUCUGGUCCGUGACCAGCAUUCCUUCGGUGAGGAUGGCGGUUCUCAGGCAGCUGGGGCUCCUGCUCUGGAAGAACUACAUGGUGCAGAGGCGGAAAGUCCUGGUGACGACCCUGGAGCUGCUCCUGCCCUUGCUCUUCUCCGGGAUCCUGAUCUGGCUUCGCCUGAAGAUCCAGUCCGAGAACGUGCCCAACGCCACCACCUACCCCGACCAGUCCAUCCGGGAGCUCCCGCUCUUCUUCAGCUUCCCGCCCCCGGGAGACGCCUGGGAGCUGGUCUACAUCCCUUCCCAGAGCGAGGCUGUGAGGACCAUCGUGGAGACAGCCAGGAGGGCGCUGGUGAUCAACAUGCGAGUGCGCGGCUUCCCCUCCGAGAAGGACUUUGAGGACUACGUGAGGUAUGACAACCACUCCACCAACGUGCUGGCCGCCGUGGUGUUUGAGCACGCCUUCAACCACAGCCAGGACCCCCUGCCGCUGGCGGUAAAAUAUCACUUACGCUUCAGUUACACUCGAAGAAAUUACAUGUGGACCCAGAGCGGCUCCAUUUUCCUGAAGGAGAUGGAGGGCUGGCACACCACCUCCCUCUUCCCACUUUUCCCAAGCCCAGGACCCAGGGAACCCACGUCUGCGGAUGGAGGAGAGCCUGGGUACAUCCGGGAGGGCUUCCUGGCCGUGCAGCACGCCGUGGACAGGGCCAUCAUGCAGUACCACACAAACGCCUCCACUCGCCAGCUGUUCGAGAAGCUCACCGUGGUCGCGAAGAGGUUCCCCUACCCGCCUUUCAUCUCGGACCCCUUCCUCGUUGCCAUCCAGUACCAGCUUCCCCUGCUGCUCAUGCUGAGCUGCACCUACACCUCGCUCACCAUCAUCCGGGCUGUCGUGCAGGAGAAGGAGAGGAGACUGAAGGAGUACAUGCGCAUGACGGGGCUCAGCGGCUGGCUGCACUGGACUGCCUGGUUCCUCCUCUUCGCCCUCUGCCUCCUCGUCGCCGUCUCCUUCAUGACCCUGCUCUUUUGCGUCAAGGUGAAGAAGGACGUGGCGGUGCUGGCGCACAGCGACCCCUCGCUGGUGCUGGUCUUCCUGGUCUGCUUCGCCGUCUCCUCCAUCUCCUUCAGCUUCAUGGUCAGCACCUUCUUCAGCAAAGCCAACAUGGCCGCGGCCGUCGGGGGCUUCCUCUACUUCUUCACCUACACCCCGUACUUCUUCGUCGCGCCGCGGUACAACUGGAUGACGCAGAGCCAGAAGCUCACCUCCUGCCUCCUGUCCAACGUUGCCAUGGCAAUGGGAGCCCAGCUCAUCGGGAAAUUCGAAGCAAAAGGCGCAGGCAUCCAGUGGCGAGACCUCCUGAGUCCUGUCAACGUGGACGACGCCUUCUGCUUUGGGCAUGUGCUGGGCAUGCUGCUGCUGGACUCCGUGCUGUACGGCCUGGUGGCCUGGUACGUGGAGGCCGUGCUCCCGGGGCAGUUCGGCGUGCCCCAGCCCUGGUACUUCUUCCUCACGCCCUCCUACUGGUGCGGGCAGCCCAGGACGGUCUCAGGGAAGGAGGAGGACGAUGACCCCGAGAAGGCGCUCAGGACAGAGUACUUCGAGGCCGAGCCCGAGGACCUGGUGGCCGGGAUCAAGAUCAAGCACGUGUCCAAGGUGUUCAGAGUGGGGAACAAGGGCAAGGCCGCCGUCAGAGACCUGAGCCUGAACCUGUACGAGGGGCAGAUCACGGUCCUGCUGGGCCACAAUGGCGCGGGCAAGACCACCACGCUCUCCAUGCUCACCGGUCUCUUUCCCCCGACCAGUGGACGGGCGUAUGUCAGCGGAUAUGACAUCUCCCAAGACAUGGCCCAGAUCCGGAAGAGCCUGGGCCUGUGCCCGCAGCAUGACAUCUUGUUUGACAACCUGACAGUCGCCGAGCACCUGUAUUUCUAUGCUCAGCUGAAAGGCUUGUCCCGCCAGAAGUGCCCUGAGGAGGUCAAACGCGUGCUGCACGUCCUCGGCCUGGAGGACAAGCGGGACUCUCGGAGCAGGUUCCUGAGCGGGGGCAUGAGGCGCAAGCUCUCCAUCGGCAUCGCCCUCAUCGCGGGCUCCAAGGUGCUGAUGCUGGACGAGCCCACCUCCGGCAUGGACACCAUCUCCAGGAGGGCCAUCUGGGACCUUCUUCAGCAGCACAAAAGUGACCGCACCAUCCUGCUGACCACGCACUUCAUGGACGAGGCCGACCUGCUGGGAGACCGCAUUGCCAUCAUGGCCAAGGGGGAGCUGCAGUGUUGUGGGUCAUCGCUGUUCCUCAAACAGAAAUACGGCGCAGGCUACCACAUGACGCUGGUGAAGGAGCCUCACUGCAACCCCGAGGCCAUCUCCCGGCUGGUGCACCAGCACGUCCCCAAUGCCACGCUGGAGAGCAGUGCCGGAGCAGAGCUGUCCUUCAUUCUUCCCAAGGAGAGCACACACAGGUUUGAAAGUCUUUUUGCCAAACUGGAGAAGAGGCAGAAGGAACUGGGCAUCGCCAGCUUCGGGGCCUCUGUCACCACCAUGGAGGAGGUCUUUCUCCGGGUCGGGAAGCUGGUGGACACGAGCAUGGACAUCCAGGCCAUCCAGCUCCCUGCCCUGCAGUACCAGCACGAGAGGCGGGCGAGCGACUGGGCAGUGGACAGCCACCUGUGCGGGACGAUGGACUCGACCAACGGCAUCGGCGCCCUGAUCGAGGAGGAGUGCACGGCGGUCAGGCUCAACAGCGGGCCUGCUCUCCACUGCCAGCAGUUCUGGGCCAUGUUCCUGAAGAAGGCCGCGUACAGCUGGCGGGAGUGGAAAAUGGUGGCAGCCCAGGUCCUGGUCCCUCUGGCGUGCCUCACCCUGGCCCUCCUGGCCACCAACUACUCCUCCGAGACCUUCGACGAGCCCAUGCUGAAGCUGACCCUGGGCGAGUACGGCAGAACCGUGGUGCCCUUCUCAGCGCCUGGGGCCUCUCGGCUGGGUCAGCAGCUGUCGGAGCAGUUGAAGGACAUGCUGCAGGCCGAGGGCCAGGAGCCUCGGGAGGUGCUGGGUGACCUGGAGGAGUUCCUGAUUUUCAGGGCCUCGGUGGAGGGGGGCGGCUUCAACGAGCGGUGCCUGGUGGCGGCGUCCUUCAGAGACGUGGGCGAGCGCACGGUCGUCACCGCGCUCUUCAACAACCAGGCCUACCACUCCCCGGCCACCGCGCUGGCCGUCGUGGACAACCUCCUGUUCCAGCUGCUGUGCGGCCCUCGGGCCUCCAUCACGGCGUCCAACUACCCCCAGCCCCGGAGCACCCUGCAGGCCGCCAAGGACCAGUUCAAUGAGGGCCGGAAGGGAUUCAACAUCGCCCUCAACUUGCUCUUCGCCAUGGCGUUCCUGGCCAGCACAUUUUCCAUCCUGGCGGUCAGCGAGAGGGCCGUCCAGGCCAAGCACGUCCAGUUUGUGAGCGGCGUCCACGUGGCUACGUUCUGGCUCUCCGCGCUGCUGUGGGACCUCCUGUCCUUCCUCGUCCCCGCCCUGCUGCUGCUGGUGGUGUUCAAGGCCUUCGAUGUGCACGCCUUCACACGGGACGGCCACCUGGCCGACGCCCUGCUGCUGCUCAUGCUCUACGGCUGGGCCAUCAUCCCGCUCAUGUACCUGCUGAGCUUCUUUUUCUCGGCGGCGGCCACGGCCUAUGCGAGGCUGACCGUGUUCAACAUCCUGUCGGGCGUCGCCACCUUCCUCGUGGUCACCGUCACGCGCAUCCCAGCGGUAAAGCUGGAAGAACUUUCCAGAACCCUGGACCGCAUGUUCCUGGUGCUGCCCAACCACUGCUUGGGGAUGGCGGUCAGCAGCUUCUACGAGAACUACGAGACCAGGAGGUACUGCACCUCCUCCACGGUGGCGGCCCGCUACUGCCAGAAGCACAACGUCCGGUACCAGGAGAACUUCUAUGCGUGGAACGCCCCGGGCAUCGGCAGGUUCGUGGCCUCCCUGGCCGCCUCGGGGUUUGCCUACCUCACCCUGCUCUUCCUCCUUGAGACCGACCUCCUGUGGAGGCUGAAGUCCUGCCUGUGUGCCUUGCGGAGGAGGCGGGCGCUGGAGCCUCGGCAGGAGCUCACCCCUGCCGACUUCUUCUGGAACAAUCAGACGGAAGCGUACACCCGGACGCCAGCGCUGCCCGAAGACCAGGACGUGGCAGACGAGAGGAACCGGGUCCUGGCCCCCGGUCUGGACUCGCUGCUGGACACGCCCCUGGUCAUCAAGGAGCUUUCCAAGGUGUACGAGCAGCGGGCGCCCCUCCUCGCUGUGGAUAGGGUCUCCCUCAAGGUCCAGAAAGGGGAGUGCUUCGGCUUGCUGGGCUUCAACGGAGCCGGGAAGACCACAACUUUCAAAAUGCUGACCGGGGAGGAGACCGUCAGUUCCGGGGACGCCUUCGUUGGCGGCUACAGCAUCUGCUCGGACCUCAGGAAGGUGCGGCAGCGGAUCGGCUACUGUCCCCAGUUUGAUGCGCUGCUGGACCACCUGACGGGCCGGGAGACGCUGGUCAUGUAUGCCCGGCUGCGGGGCAUCCCUGAGCACCACAUCGAGUCCUGCGUGGAGAACACGCUGCGGGGGCUGCUCCUGGAGCCGUAUGCCAACAAGCGGGUCGGGACGUACAGCGGUGGCAACAAGCGGAAGCUGAGCGCUGGCAUUGCCCUGCUGGGAGAACCUGCGGUCAUCUUCCUGGACGAGCCGUCCACUGGCAUGGACCCCGUGGCCCGGCGCCUGCUCUGGGACACCGUGGCGAGGGCCCGUGAGUCCGGCAAGGCCAUCGUCAUCACCUCCCACAGCAUGGAGGAGUGUGAGGCCCUGUGCACCCGGCUGGCCAUCAUGGUGCAGGGCCAGUUCAAGUGCCUGGGCAGCCCCCAGCACCUCAAAAGCAAGUUUGGCAGCGGCUACUCCCUACGGGCCAAGAUCCGGAGCGAAGGGCAGCAGGAGGCCCUGGAGGAGUUCAAGGCAUUCGUGGACCUGACCUUCCCAGGCAGCGUCCUGGAGGAUGAGCACCAAGGAAUGGUCCAUUACCACCUGCCCGGCGAUGACCUGAGCUGGGCGAGGGUGUUUGGUGUUCUGGAGAAGGCCAAGGAGAAGAACGGCGUGGACGACUACUCCGUGAGCCAGAUCUCGCUGGAGCAGGUCUUCCUGAGCUUCGCCCACCUGCAGCCACCCGCGGAGGAGGUGGGGCCGUGAGGAGCAGGGCACCCAGGCGGCUCCCAUCCCUCCAAGUUCACCCAACCCUGCACUCUACUUCUGAUGACUGUUUUCUGUGAUGGACGUGAGAAUCAAGGCACAGUGUGGACCAGGCGUAUCAGGGCCCUCACGCCGGAGUCAGCAGUCGCCAAAGCCACAACUCAAGAUCCCAGCCAGGGGCCAGGCCGGCCGGCUGUGCGGGCAAGCCGUGGGGGUUUUUGCACAGAGAGCCAUCCAGGAAGGGGCCUCACGGACUCCGGGGUUGAAUUUCCCUAAGCACUUAUAAGGGGUCCCCAGCGACACCCCACAUUCGCACCUGGGGCGGAACCUCCUGGACUGGUGUGGGAAGCCAACAGGACCGGUGUCAGCAAACUCCCCUGGCUGCCCAGGAUGGACAGAAAGGCCCCUGUCGUCGUCCUCGGGGGAGACACGGCUGGACUGGGUGCUGAGGUCUGUGCUUCCACUGCGGCCACGUAGUCCUAGGAGUCCCUCUCCCGGGAGGCGGACACUGCGCUACCAUAUAGCCAGCCCUGCACCCGGCAUAAGCCCCCUGCUCCCAGCCCCAGAGGCAGCCAGCAUAGGGAGGCGUGGAGCCACCAGCCUGGACGCCAGUCAGGGACCAGCGAGGGGCCGAACAGCCGUCCCUGGAUGGUGCACCCAAUGCGUGGCAACUGUCUGGAAAAUAAAGGCUGGGAGGCAACAUGA